CAGAGCCGGGCGCUGCGGGCAGCAGGGACCGCUCCGCUCCGCUCCGCGCCGCCCCGCGCUGCAGCCAUGGCCCCGGGCUCGCCCGCCGCUCGCCGCCGCGCCGCGCCGCGCCUGCUGGCCGCGCUCCUGGACGGACGGUCCGGAGCGCCGGGGAUAAGUCACUUGGCCAAGGUGACUUCGCAGCCGAGCCCCAGCUCCGAAGUCCCGGCUCCAGCCCCUGCCCUGCCCGCACCGGCGCUCCCGCGGCCAGCUUCUCCUGCGAGCACUGCGGCUUUGCCCCGCUUUGCCCCGCUCCUGCGCUGCCCGGCGGGGACCGCGCUGCCUGCCUGCCCGGCACCGGGGGAUGGCCGCGGGGAGGCCGUGCACUGCUUCAGCGCCAGCACGCCCGCCGACAGGUCAUUGUCCUACAGUUCGUUCCGCACAACGACCGUCCGCAUGUGCUUGUCCCCGGCGCGGGGACCGACCCGCGCUGCAGGGCCGCUGCUUGGAGCAUGAUGCCCGGCCCUGUGGCCAGGGAUGGCCGAGAUCCCCCGCCACAGGGUGCAGGGAGGGGCUGGCAGCCGUUCCCUCCCCGCUGCACACCUGGGGCAGGCUCCAGCCACCCGCAUCAGCCUCACGCCCCCGCUGCGCUCCUGCUCCCGUGGGUCAUCCUCGCGUCAGCCUGGAAGCGAGGGCUGGCUGGGCAGCGCUUGCUGCUGGGGCACUCCCGUGGGAGGCGUUUUAGAGGGCAAAGUUCUUAAGUUAAAGGAUGCUGGAGACACAAAAAAGCACCUUUGCACAUCCUGGCCAUCGCCUUCGCCUUGGAGGUGUCGGUGGGGAAGACCAACACGGUGACGGCUCUGAAUAACUCCAACGUCCUGCUGCCCUGCAGCUUCACCACCUGCAUAGGCUUCACGGACCUGGUCUUCAAAUGAUUUACCACGGCAAGAUAAAGAACAAGGCCUCGGAGCCCGUCCUCGUGUGGCGCAACCCGCGGGUGGAGUUCGUGGGCUCCACCACCAAGAAGGACAACAACAUCUCCAUCGUGCUGAGCAGCGUGGAGUUCAGCGACGCUGGCAAGUACACCUGCCACGUCAAGAACCCCAAGGAGAAGAACGCCCAGCACAACGCCACCAUCUUCCUCACCGUGGUCCAUCAGAUGGUGAAGACGGACAACACCGUGACACUCAUCAUCGUGGGCGUGGUGGGGGGGCUCAUCGGCCUCCUCAUCCUCUUCAUGCUCAUCAAGAGGAUGGUGCUGUUCAUCAUCAAGAAGACACAGGACGGGAAGAAGGAGUGUCUGGUGAGCUCGUCAGGGAACGACAACACCGAGAACGGCCUGGCCGGCUCCAAGGCGGAACAAAAAGCACCACCGAAGGCAUGAACGAAGCAGCGGCGCCCCGCGCCCGCCUCACCCCGCCGCGGGAGCCCGGGCACGGGACGAGCCUUCCCCUUUAGUUUUCUUUCCGAACUGCCAGCGCUUGAGACAUGUUUCUAUUACACACGUGCCUGCAACCUGCACUGCUUCUCCGACAAGGCUGCGGCUGCCGGGGGGACUGGGAGCUUCUCGCGGACUCGGACUGGGAGGCUGCUGGGGCCGAGGGAGCCGCCGGCUCCGCUCUGAGCACAGGCAAGAGGGUGCCGGGCAGGGCGGGGGCAGGGGCCGGGUGGGUGCCGUGCCUGGGGCCGGGUGCUGGGCACCGGGGGUCCGCUGGGUGCUGGCGGUGCUGAGCCGAGGUGGCUGGGAGCUGCUGCUGCAUCCAGAAGGUUUCUGGAGCGGGGCAAGGAUGCUCAGAGCUGGCCGUGCAGGUGGCGAGGCGCAGGAGGCCGGGAGGAAGCAGGGCUGUGAUAAGCACACUGGAGAACCAAAUUGGCCACAGGCCCCUGGCUGUGCCUCAGUGCCUCCCACAGCAGGGCUGGGGAGGUGGCCGUGUCCCAGGGCCGUCCCUGGGGGCAGGGGGGCUUCUCCCCAGGCAGCCAUCCCGGGAGGCUCCCUGGCUUGGUGCUGCUCCCUCCCCUCUCUCUGGAGCUCGGCACUCGGAGCAGCGAUGCUUUUGAUGCUGGUGCCGAGGCUGAGCUCGUUCCGUGGAUGUUUCUGAGUGAGGUUCUGGGGGAAAGCAGCCAAUUGCAUUUCCCUUUCGCCGUGGCAGGGA